UCGCCGAAGUUGGGAGAGUUGCUCGGAGCUGGGAGCGGCGCCCGCCCUUCUGUGCCCCCUCAAGCCGCGCGGCGCCCGGGGUCCUCGUCGCAAGCCCGCAGCAGCGCCCCCCGCCCCGCGACCGCGCCAUGGCCGAGGAGCAGCCCCUGGUCGAGCUGUUUGUGAAGGCUGGCAGUGAUGGAGCAAAAAUUGGGAAUUGCCCCUUCUCUCAACGACUCUUUAUGGUCCUUUGGCUAAAGGGAGUGACCUUCAAUGUCACUACAGUGGACACCAAAAGGAGAACUGAAACAGUACAAAAACUCUGCCCAGGAGGUCAGCUCCCCUUCCUGAUGUACGGCACGGAGGUCCAUACGGACACGAACAAGAUUGAAGAAUUCCUGGAAGAGGUUCUGAGCCCUCCCAAGUACCCCAAGUUGGCUGCUCGUAACCCUGAGUCCAACACAGCUGGUCUUGAUGUGUUUGCAAAGUUCUCUGCUUACAUCAAGAACUCAAACCCAACGCUCAACGCCAACCUUGAGAAGGGUUUGCUAAAAGCACUGAAAGUGCUGGAUGUUUAUUUGAUGACACCACUACCGGAGGAGGUGGACGAGAACAGUGCUGAGGAUGAGGGCCAGUCCAAUCGUAAAUUCCUCGAUGGGGAUGAACUGACGUUGGCCGACUGCAACCUACUGCCCAAGCUCCACAUUGUCAAGGUGGUGUGCAAGAAAUACCGUAACUUCACCAUCCCCGAGGAAUUCCGUGGCAUUCACCGCUAUCUCAAGAACGCUUAUGCUCGUGAGGAGUUUGCCAGCACCUGCCCAGAUGAUGAAGAGAUUGAAUUAGCUUAUGAGCUGGUUGCCAAAGCUUUGAAAUAACAAACUUCUGAGAGUGGGAAAGGGACGUGGAACCUUCCGUGGCAGGAUCUAUUGGGGUUGGGCCCACUGGAGGGCCGAUUUUUAUGUAUGUACUAGAAUUUGUCAGUAGUGACAGGGGAUGGGGAAUGUUUAGUUACCCAAAGGGACAAAGUGAUACCAAUUCACGAAUAACAAUAAAAACCUUGUUUUUAAAAAUA